AUGAAGCACUCCGCCGUCUUUCUUACCGCCGCUGCCGCCUUGGCCCAGUCAGCUUCAGCCCAUUACAUCUUCAGCAAGCUUGUUCUGAAUGGCGUCGCCUCUAAUGACUGGCAGUACAUCCGUCAGACUACCCGAUCUGAGUGCUACAUGCCCACCAAGUUCACCAACACCUUCGACAACCUGACUCCCAGUGACAGCGAUUUCCGCUGCAACUUGGGCUCUUUCGGCAACGCCGCCAAUACCGAUGUCGCCGAUGUCGCUGCCGGUGACACCAUUGCCAUGAAGCUCUUCUACGAUGGCUCCAUUGCCCAUCCCGGACCUGGUCAAGUUUAUAUGUCCAAGGCCCCCACAGGCAAUGUCCAAGAGUACGAGGGUGACGGCGAUUGGUUCAAGAUCUGGGAGAAGACCCUCUGCGACGAGAGUGGCGAUUUGACCAAAACGGCUUGGUGUGCGUAUGGCAUGUCGCAGUUCGAGUUCGAAAUCCCUGCCGACACUCCCGCAGGCGAGUACCUCGUCCGUGCCGAACACGUCGGUCUCCACGGUGCCCAGAACAACGAGGCCGAGUUCUUCUACAGCUGCGCUCAAAUCAAGGUCUCCGGUUCCGGCACCGGCUCGCCCAGCACCACCUACAAGAUCCCCGGUAUCUACGACGACUCCAUGACGCUCUGGAACGGCCUGAACCUUUGGACGGCUACUGCUGAGGAGGUCAAGACUGAUAUUCUGGACACCCCCAUUGGUGACGACGUCUGGAGCGGCAGCAGCUCAUCCUCUUCGUCCAACUCUUCGUCUUCCGACUCCUCGGCUUCCGACGCUUCGUCUACCAGCUCCGUCGUCUCGGCUGCCACACCUUCAAGCUCCGUCGUGCUCGGUUGCAGCUCGUACAGCAAGAGAUCUGCCAAAUUCGGCCGCAUGGCCUAA